UCUUAUGCUUAUGACAUGAAGUGUAGAGUUUAAUCUCAAUUUGAAAGAGAGCUCAAAAGUCUCAAUCCAAGUUUUCUCAUGAGAUAGAUUCACAUGACAUUCUCUUUCACUUGCAUUGUGUGUGAGUCUUGUGAAAUAAGUUUGGAUCUCACCAUUCUUCUUGGGUAAUAUUCUCCUCAAGGGACAUUAUUGAAGUCUUUUGGCACCAAGAAUUGAACAAGGUCAUCUCUAUAUAUGUUCAAGUUUUACCUUCAACUAAGUGCUUCAUCAAGAUCAAAGUGGAACUUGAAGGCUAACUACUUCACAAUCAAAAGUUUCUACACGGUUUUUCCUUGAAUUCGCUUUUGGCUCAUGUUUCCUCUUGCUAAAAGAUCUGCAAAGGGGCCACUGUCCUGACUAAAAGCAGCAAUCCAUGCCCCGGAGGGAGCAAUCAAGGUCUCUUGAGCCAGUGCUGCCACUUGGGUAUGAGUGGGUGGACCUAUGAACAGGAAUUCCUCUUGCUUUCAGUGGAGGAAUUCUUAUACCUUAUUAAGCUAAAAGACCCCUCAAGGGAGGAGGCUCAUUGACUUCAAGAAAGGGGACACCAAGCCGAGGGAAUGUGUCCAGUUGACCUCAAGAAAUGCCUCUGCCGCCAUGAUUUCAUUUCCAAAACCUACUGAAAUUUCGUUCGCAUGAGGUUUUAGAAACAUGACUUUCAUUGAGGUGGCAAAAGUUAAUGUCUUUGGAUUUUGUAUUGCAUUCAACUCACAACAAUGCAAUCAGUCCAAUUUUAUAGUUUUCUACUGAUAAAGGCAUCUAACUGUUAUUGCAUACUAUUGAAAUUUUACCUUUUUUCUUAUGAUAAGGGAAAAGAAGGAAAUAGAUGAAUCAUGGAAGGUAGGUGUUUCGAACGAGGACUUUAAAAGGCCAAACUGUGGUAGAAUGCUAAAGCACUAGUCUGCAGAAAAUGGGUACCAGAAGCAGAAGUGCUUGUGCUUUUCUUUCAUUCCCAUUGCUCCUAUAUUUCUUGACGAUUCCAUCAGAAUGUGCAACUGAUACAUUAACUCACUCCCAACCUAUCGCAAUAGGUCAAACUCUCAUCUCUGCAGGUGAAGUUUUUGAGUUAGGCUUCUUCAGUCCUGGUAAUUCCAGUAAACUAUACAUUGGGCUAUGGUAUAAGAACAUAACUGUCCGCAAAAUUGUGUGGGUAGCAAACAGAGAGAACCCACUUCCUGCCACAGACUCUGCCUCAAGUCUCAUAAUUGGCAGCGAUGGAAAUCUGAGACUAUUAGAUGGCAUGAGGAACACUUUCUGGUCUACAAAUAUCUCUCUCGCAUCAAAUAACACAGUUGCAGUGCUUUUGGACAAGGGAGACUUUGUUCUUAAAGAUAAUGUCUCGGGAUUUAUCACAUGGGAAAGCUUUGACUAUCCAUGUGACACAUUUUUGGCUGACAUGAUGAUAGGACUGAACACAAAAACAGGAGAGAAACAUUUCCUCUCUUCCUGGGAGACUGAUAGCGACCCAUCACCUGGAAAGUUUGUGCUUGGACUUACACCAGAGACACCACCACAACUUUUCCUUUGGAACAGUUCCAAGCCUUACUGGAGAGGCGGUCCAUGGAAUGGAUGGACAUUCAUAGGUAUACCAAACAUUGGGCAGGGCUAUGUCAACGGACUCAUCCUCAUAUCCGAUAAUGAACAGGGAACUGCGUAUCUCACAUUCAGCACGUAUAACAUCUCUUAUGUCAUAAUGAAUGUCCUUGCGCCAACAGGAACUUUGAAGACGAUGAAUUGGGAUGAAGAAAAAAGUGUCUGGUUUGUUAGUUGGGUGGCAGUAGUGAAUCCAUGUGACAUCUACGGAGUUUGUGGACCUUUUGGGGUUUGCAGCAACAGGAAUGGGUCUCCAAUUUGUGAGUGCUUGAAAGGGUUUGUACCAAAAUCAACUGAGGAUUGGAGCAAAGGAAAUUGGACAGGUGGGUGCGUGAGGCGAACUGAACUGCUAUGCCAAAAGAACAUUAGCAGCCUAGCAAAUGGAACAGCUCAAAAUGAUGGCUUUUGGAAGCUGAGUGGGUUGAAGCUGCCGGAUCAUUUUGAAUAUUUGUUCAAUCAGGAUUACUCAGGUUGCCAACAGUGGUGUGUGAGUAACUGUUCCUGUGUGGCGUAUGCAUAUGUGACUGGAAUUGCAUGUAUGGUUUGGGCUGAAGACCUUGUGGAUGUUCAGCAGUUUUCAAUAGACGGGAACGACCUUUUCCUCCGCCUUGCAUAUUCAGAGCUGGGUAUAGAUCAUAAGAAAAGUGAAAAAAUCACCAUCAUCUUUACGACAAUUUCUGGGGUUAUCCUCUUGGCUGCCUUCAUGUUUGGUUUGCACAGGUGGAGAGCUAACCAAAGAGUAAAGAGAAGAAAAAGGAUAAAAGGUUUUGGUUGGGGUGAUAGACUGGACAUGCUAAGAGAUCCUUCACAAGAUAAUGUCUGGGUAGACCACGCAACACAUUCGGAGUCUUCAGAGCUACCAAUGUUAGACUUUGAUAAAGUAUUAGUUGCUACCAACAACUUCAGCAUCACAAAUAAACUUGGGCAAGGAGGGUUUGGCCCCGUUUAUUGGGGAAAGCUAGAAGGUGGGCAAGAAGCAGCAGUGAAAAGACUUUCUAUUCAUUCAGGACAAGGCGCUGAAGAAUUCAAGAAUGAGAUCAAAUUGAUCUCCAAAUUGCAGCACAGGAAUCUUGUUAGGCUCUUGGGUUACUGCAUUGAUGGGGAAGAGAAGUUAUUGGUUUAUGAGUACAUGACAAAUAGAAGCUUGGACACGUUUCUCUUCGAUGCAAAGAAGAGAAUGCAGCUUGAUUGGGCUAAACGCUUUAACAUUAUUCAGGGUAUUGCUAGAGGGAUUCUUUAUCUCCAUCGUGAUUCUUGUUUAAGGGUUAUUCACAGAGAUUUGAAGGCCAGCAAUAUUCUAUUGGAUGAUGACAUGAAUCCAAAAAUUUCAGACUUUGGGUUGGCCCGAACUUUUCAACUAACGCAAGAGUUGGCAAAUACUCACAGGGUGAUGGGAACAUUUGGGUACAUGUCUCCUGAGUAUGCAAUGGGAGGGCUAUUUUCAGAGAAGUCUGAUGUCUUUAGCUUUGGUGUUUUGCUACUAGAGAUUGUUAGUGGCACAAGGAACACCAGUUUACAUUAUAAUGAAAAGUAUCUGAAUCUCCUUGGUUAUGCAUGGCAAUUGUGCAACAAAAACAGGGAAUUAGAGUUAAUGGAUGAAGCAAUGGCUUACUCAUGUUCUCGGUCAGAAGUAAUGAGAUGCAUACAUAUUGGACUUCUCUGUGUUCAGGACCACGCGGCGGAUAGGCCAACCAUGUCAGCUGUGGUUCUCAUGCUGAGCAGUGAAAUGGAUCUUCCACAACCAAAACAGCCUACAUUUACCAUUCAGAGCUUGUCGGAUGCCGAUCUUCUAUCACUACACAACAAAUUAUGUUCCAUGAAUGCGGUCUCUGUGUCGAUUAUUGAAGGGCGAUGACCAUUUAACAAAUCAUGUUUAUUAAACCAAACAAGUCCUUAAUUUCAUGUUUCCAGUGUAGGAAUAUUUGCUAGUGUAUGUUGAUUUUGUUUUCUUCAAUUUACACAGUUAUGGUGUUGGUAUUAUUGUCCAGUGACCACAACAAAUAUAGCAAGGAGUAUAGUCUUAGUAUUAAAGUUUGAAAUCGUUGUUGUGUAACACAGCUGAUCGUCUCUGUUAGUUAUUUGCCGUUCAUAAGCUUGGCUUACCAUGUCUUUAUGCAAUGAACCUCGCUGCCUUUCA